GCUUUCAAUCGUCUUCCUCUCGAAACUCUGCAUCACCCACGGUGGUCGGAGAUUUUCUCUUUCCUCUCACUAAUCUCUCCGUCAAUCGCUUACUGAGAGAGAGCGGAUGGAGCCCAAAAACUUUCUUCAUGAACAUCCACUGCACUUCUUUGAAAAGUGGAGCUAUAAUGUCCACGGUAAGACUAGAGGUGUAAAAUGCUCAUCGGGGUGUGGGCAGCCAAUCUCAGCUCAGUUCUAUUCAUGCAUCGACUGUAAGUUUUUCCUUCAUAAAUCAUGUUCUGAGCUACCACUGGACAUCACUCACCCCUUUCACGAUAAUCAUCCUCUUACUCUUUUUGCCAUAACACCACACAGGAGAAAGUUCGCACGUUGUCAUUUUUGUGGUAAUAGAGUCACUGGAUUUGUUUACCGCUGUUCUUCUUGUGAAUUUGACCUUGACAUCAAAUGUGCCUUGCUCCCAGAAUUCCUCAAUGGAGAUUUUCCAAAAGUUGAUCAUCACAUUCAUGUUGAACACCCACUCUCCUUUAUCGAAAAUCUUAGCCCCCGUGGAGUUAAACUAGCUUCUUCCCGCUAUUGCAGUGUUUGCUUAGAAAAGUUAUCAGAUGCUUCCUUUUACACUUGUCUUGUUUGUGAGCUUUUCCUUCAUAAACCAUGUUCUGAGACUGAGCCACCAUUGAACAUCAAUCACCCCUUCCAUCGGAAGCACACUCUUACUCUUACUCUUCUUAAAAGGGAUAGUGCAGUACUUUGUCAAUUUUGUCAUAAUAACCGUUAUCUUGUAGGAUUGUUUUACCAUUGUUCUUCUUGUCGUUUCAACCUUCACAUCAGAUGUGCCUUUCUCCCACAAUUCGUCACUGAAAAUUUCCCAAAACGUGAUCAUCUUUUAAGUGAUGUUGAUGAACACCCACUCUUCUUCAUCCAAAAGGACCUUAUUAGCGACAGCAAUAGAGUUGAACUACGUUCUGAUUGCUUUGUUUGCCCAGAAUCAUUAGCUGAUUGUACUUAUGUUCUUCAUGGGAGAUGCGUAAAAAAGAAUAAAGAUCGUCUUUAUAUCGAAGUUGAGUCAGAGAAUGAGGAAAGUGAUGAUGAGGCUUCUUCUUCUUCAAGUUGUGCUGUGGCGCUAGGGGACAAGAUAGAUCAUUUCAGCCACGAGCAUGAAUUAGUGCUUGAUAAGGAGGAGAUUAUUAUGAAUGGUGAUAAAAAAUGUUGCGAUGGGUGUGUAUUACCAAUCUUGGAGGCCGCUUAUAGUUGUCCACAACCAGAGUGUAAUUUCUCCCUUCACAAGGCCUGUGCCCAAAUUGGAGAGUACGAACCACAUUGGGCUUCCCGCGAUCCUCUUCAAGUUAGCAUGGAGUUACAUUUUAAGUGUCUCUUUUGUAAGCAUUUCUGCAGUGGUUUUUCUUCCUGGAUAGAUGAUGGUCAUUUUUACAGUAAAAUUUGCCUCAGAUGUAUCGAGAUCCCUUUCACCACUACCCAUGAAGCACAUGCUCAGCAUUCCCUCUUCUGUGAUAAAGAGCACAAGGGACCGUGUAGUGGCUGCGGUAAAGAAAUGGGUGAUUGUGGUGGUUACAGAUGCACGCUAGCAGAAGAAGAGGAGAAUUGCAAAUUUUUUGCCUUGGACUACAGAUGCCUGACACGGCCCCUUACAGCUCAACAUAGGUUCCACCAUCACCCUCUGAAACUCACUUAUAAAGAUCCUUACAAGGAUGAUGAUGGUGAUCCAUUUCAACACAUGUGUGAAAUCUGUGAAGAUAGAAGAGAUCCAAAGCUCUGGUUUUAUCGGUGUGAUGAGUGCGAUUUUGAUGCUCAUCCCGAUUGCGUUCUUGGAGAUUUUCCUUUUAUCAAGCGCGGGAGCAUUUUUGAUUAUUAUAAAUAUUAUAAGAGAUGUGAUUCUCAUCAACGACAGAGUCUCAUAUAUUUCCAGAGUGAGAAAUAUCCCUAUCCGAAAUGUGGUGCGUGUGGCCAUCCUUGCAAAGAUCAGCUGGCUCUUAAAUGCCCUCACUCUGAAUGCGACUUUGUGUCGCAAUUGGAAUCAUCCAAAGGGACUUUCGUGGCGGUUACGGUUGAAUUAUCGAUGAGUUCAUCUAAUGUGCUUAGCUGGCCCAAAACGGCAAUCAUUGAAGACGUUUUGAUGAUGAUUUGCUGGGUUUGCUUUCUGAAAAUAACAGAUUCUGCCACGGGCAAUGAAGAUUUUGUGCUUGAUUCCAUGGUCUGUGACUCUAAUUUAAGGCUCAUACCAAACCAAAAGGAUGGAGAAGAGGAAAUUUACACAAUGGGAUGCCUUUACCAUUCUUUUGCUAUAAAUCCAAAUCGAAGAAUCCCUCUGGCGGUUGGUAAUCUCAUUCGUUUCGGAGGAGCGGGUUCUGAAGCAAGCAUCCAUCUCCAUUUGGAUCAUUGAUGUCCAAGCCGAGGGUUUUCUCACUUCUCAUUCGGAGGAAUGAAGGUGGCGCCUUUCUCACCAACUAUUCCACAUGUGGCCUGUUGAGCUAGGUAUGAGGAGUUAAAACUGUGUGCUACUCCCAUUAUAAAUUUUAUUUAUUUACCAGCUUUCAUAUGAAAAUCCAUGGUCAAAUUUACCAAGCAAAAAAUUAGGGAAAACCAAAGAGAACAUGAACACGAUGGAAAAAGCACUUGGUGGCAGGCUCCCUAAACAAGAUUAAAGUUUUGCUAGAAUUUCAGCAAAUGCUGUUUAGCCAAAUGAUAUAUUGGGACAGGGAGAGACCAAAGCUUCACAUUGUGAAGAUUGACAGAACUACCAAUCAAAAGGUUCUUCUUUAAUAUGCUUCAUGUUUCUAUGAAGAAAUAGCAAAGGGAGUUUUUUGGGAGAAAGAAGAUCGCAUAAACUCACUUUCUGAGCUGAUCAUGUUGGCAUUUCUUCUCAAAUUUGAUGAAUACGCCGUUGGCUUUUGAAGUGAAAGAAUUUGCAAGUUUUUGUGGAGGACAAGUUUCUUUCAGCAGCCUAGGCAUGAAAACAGGGAGAAAUAUGAAAGAAUGGAGAAGACAAAGGCUUGUAGCAUUUCAAAUCAUUAAUUAGACCUUGUUUCUUUUACCACUCUGGUAUCUCUAGCCGUCCAAUUCGAUUGCACAAACUGUAAGUAUUGGUUUUACCAUGCAAAGCAUUCCAGUCACUCAGACCAGCAGGGCACAAUUGCUUUCACUGAUGCCUAAUGGGGUGCCUCCACAAGGAUCAUUCAGGUACAAUUCCUAUACAUUGCUAAAGUUUGCUCUUACUUUUUCCUAUAAAAAAAAAAAAAAGAGCAUUAAUUCAACUUAAUACAGUCUGGUAGUGUAGCUCUACUUGUCAAUUUCUACUUUUGAAAAGAAGAUUUACUUUGACGUGAGCUUUAUAAAUGUAUAGACACAAUUCUGUACAACUUGGAACUCAACUUUUCUCGUUUCAUAAUGCCCCAUGUCCAGAUCUUUUGAUUUACUAUAAUGGAUAUAUCUGUUUUAAAAAUCAAUUACAUGUCAAGUAGUCUCUAGCAUUGUCCAUGAUAUCUAACAUUAAAAACUCAUCUAGGAGAGAAAACUUCUUUUAAAAUUGAAGAUAGAUUGUGAGAUUCAAGCUUCAGAAGAAGCUGAGGUUCGAAACAAGGUAAAUGAUCAGGUGGGCAGCAAAAUGCUUCAUCCUUGGGGGAGACAAAUAAAAUACAGUGGAAAUUGGCUUCAAGCAAUUGAACUUCAUCUUCUGUAGAUGAAGCGGCCUUAACAAAAGAAAGGAGCUCGAAGAAACAAUCCUAUCAGAUGGAUGCAGGCAAAUGGAGAAGACGCAUGCAUGUUUUCCUUCCCAAGUAUGCCUUGGUAUGUCAAGCUCUUCAACCAAUCAACCUCAUAGUAAUUU